UCCGCCAAAGUACAAAACGGUAUGUAAAAACAGAGGUAGAAAAUCCAGAAAAAUCACCUACCCAAAUACCCGUACAAAAGCCACUGGGUACAGAAAAACGAAGAUCAUUCAUUGCAGUCGUCAUUUUGAAAGAAGUUGCGUAUUCCUGUUUUGCAGAGAAAAAAUAUAGUUUUUAUUUGCCCUUCCGUUGUUAGUUGAUCAUAUCGAGUGUUGAAUAAAUUCAUUUCAUCACUUAGAGAAGUGCCAGUCGACACAGCCCGAAUAACAACUGAAAAUAAAAUGAGUCUUGUUUGGAGCCUAAUUGCCUCAUUUCUGUACGUUGAAAUUUUCAUCGUACUGCUUCUGGUUCUUCCAGUGGCAAGCCCAAGACGAUGGCAGCGAUUCUUCAAGUCCCGGUUUCUGGAGAUGCUAAGCAGGCAAGCGCAUACCUAUUUCUAUUUGCUGCUUUUCGUGCUGGUUUUAUUCCUACUGGAGGCUAUUCGAGAAAUGCGGAAGUAUUCCCACACUGGUGAGUCAUCUGGUGAUCCUGCAGAGGAACAUCACUUGAAUGUCGGCAUGCAGCACAGCAUGAGACUCUUCCGUGCCCAGCGUAACUUUUAUAUCUCCGGAUUUGCUAUUUUCCUUUCACUGGUCAUACGUCGUCUAGUUUCUCUCAUCACAACUCAGGCUCAGCUUCUAGCUCAGUCGGAAGCAUCGAUGAAGCAGGCACAAAGUGCGACCGCAGCCGCUCGUAGCCUGUUGACACAACAGAAGAAGGAGGAAGAGGCUGGAGAUAAGCCAAAACCAUCUGCCCCCGAAGACGACGAAUUUAACGUUGGUGAUCUAAAGAACCGCAUUACCGAACUUGAGAAUGAGUUGGCUCGGGAACGUAAGGACAAGGAAGCUAUGAAGUCCCAAUCAGAGAGCUUGAACCGCGAAUACGACCGGCUGACCGAGGAGUACAGUAAGUUGCAGAAGCGAAUCACCAUCACGAGCAAUGACAAGAGUGACUAAAUUGUACUUCAAAUACAGAUAAGAGUAAUCAUUUUGUUACUUCACAUAUUUUUCGCCCGUUUCAUUUGAACCAAACAUUACAUUCAGUAAACUUUACCUCUACAUGCCAUUUUUUCAAUUUUCUACUCUUGAAAUACCAACUAGUUUUCCCAGUUAGCUAAACUUGGGGAUGGUUCAUAACAGUAAAUUAGUUUAUGCCAACAAAAAAAUAAAAUUCGGAUCACGACCGGGGAGCCAAACGCAUAGAAUUUAAGUUUAAAACAACAAUGACAAAAGCCGAAGAAAAACAGUGUUGGUUUGUACAUGGAAUGAACAUUAAGCACUAUAAAUAAAAUGCUUUCGUUAAAAACAUA